AUGAAAACCUGGCAUUGCCCCAUCUCGGUGCCCGACUGCCCCAACCUGGGUUUUGGGGGGUCGUGCAGACCCGAUCCACACACACACAAAAAAAUUGCUUUCCCACUUUUUGCAAACUUAAAACCUCUCCGGCUUUCCGAGUGGCACAAUCCAUGGCGAUGCGACUGCGCUCUGCACUGGCUCAGCAGCUGGAUCCGAGAGGAAGGCCAGAGGCUCCUGAGCCCCCAGGACAAGAAGAUCGAGUGUUCGGAGCCGCCACGCCUGGCCUACCAAAGCCUCGCCGACGUCUCCGGCAACAGCUUGAUCUGCAUCCCGCCGGUCGUGCAAGUGCAACCCCUCGAAGUCACGGCACGGCUGGGCGACGACCUGCGCGUCUCCUGCCAGGCCUCGGGCUACCCGCAGCCGCUGGUGACCUGGCGCAAACUGGCCCACUGGCGGGCCGGGGGCUCCAGGGGAAGCCGGACCCACCUGCCCAGCGGAAGCUUUGAGCUGAGGGAGCGCAGCAUCGGGGAACGCUUCGAGCAGUCGGACACCGGCAGCGGCAUGCUGUUCCUCAACAACGUGACGGUGUCCCAUGGCGGGAAAUACGAGUGCGAGGCCUCCAAUCCCGGGGGGAUGGCCCGGGUGGUCUUCCACCUCAUGGUGAACCUCUCGCACCAGCAACAACAGUCGCAGGGCUACCCGGCUUCGGUGGACAUCAGCCAGGAACCUCUCUACGACAUGGAGAGCAUGGACUUCCACGCCCUGGGCAUGGCCACGCAGACGGCCAUCGCCGUGGCCAUCUCCCUGCUGGCCCUGGUGGCCCUCCUGUUGGUCAUCAUGAUCUACCGGAAGCACCGCAAGCGGAAAAAGGCCAAGAAGGAGGAGAACAUCCUGUACGUCAACGACUACUCGGACGGGCCCACCACCUUCGCCCAGCUGGAGGAGUACCGAGACGAGAGGGGCCACGAAAUGUUCGUCAUCGACCGCAACAAGCCCCUCUUCGCCACCUACAAGGACCCCGAAGGCCUGGCAGGCGGGGUCUUCCCGGAGCAGCUGCAAGACCAGGCGACUCAGACUCUGGAAGGAGAAGAGGAGGCCCCCCAAGAAGGCAGCGAGCUCUUUGCGAACCAGGGGCUGAUGCUCCAGCCUCAGGUAGCGUACGAAAUUCACUGCUGAGUGGAGCUACGGAAGUUGGGGUGAGCGGACUGCCUUCCCCCACAAUGGAGCGGUUUUGUUGACUUCCUCCUACCGCUUAACUCUGCUUAAGUUCAGGGCCUUGAGUGGAGGUACCUGUGACCUGCGGUGCACCAUCCCACAGGUUGCAGACGGGACUCGUGUGUCAACUCCUAAUGUUGCCCUUAGGAGAGAAGGGCGGGGAGCGCAUUCUACGCAUACUUUCGGCUAAAGUCGGACCUCAGAUUACUCCAGCAGGCUUGGGAGGGGUGCACCUCAUUGGGGAAUGUGAUUUAUGACACAGACUGAGGGGAGGGAAGGAACAGGGGUGAAGUUCAGCCAUAA